UUUGCAAAAAGUCGGGUAAAGAGGAGUAAGGGGGCUGUAUCUCUAUACAUCUACCAAUUUAUAAAUAGAAAAGAUACAAUGUCUCUUAAAGUACAGAAUCCCAACAAUGUGCGCGUCUAUACAGUAUCAGGCGAAGGCGUGACUCAAAAAUUGCCGGACUGGAUCAGUAAAAAAAAAUUAAAGAAGGACUAUGCUUUGUCACAUAGAAUUGAGCUUCUUCAAGAAUUCGAUUAUCCCGAAGCUAGCAAUCGCAUCAAAGUUACAAGAGAUGGUAAAUAUGCGAUGUCCACAGGUGUUUACAAGCCUCACAUUAAAGUCUUUGAUUUUGCUGAAAUGUCCUUAAAGUUCGAACGACAUACGGACACGGAGAAUGUACAAUUUGAGAUUUUAUCGGAUGAUUGGACGAAGAGUGUACAUUUACAGGCUGACCGUACUGUGGAUUUCCAUAGUCAGGGCGGUAUUCAUUAUUCCACAAGAAUUCCCAGAUACGGUAGAGAUUUGAAGUAUCAUUUUCCCAGUUGCGAUCUCUACCUUGCAGCUGCUGGAGAUGAAGUCUAUCGUUUAAAUUUAGAACAAGGUCGAUUCUUGAACCCUUUUAAGAUUGAAAGUGCCGCUAGUGAUGAGCCGACUGCUGGCGUAAAUGUAUUGGACAUUAAUCCAGUGCACCAAUUGUUGGCAUUUGGUACUGAUGCUGGCACAGUGGAAUUUUGGGAUCCUCGUGAUCGUUCUCGAGUGGGUAUCUUGGAAAUGCCCUCUAAUGUACCUUCUUCUCCCUAUACUAGUGCCAAUCGUGCAGUUACCGCUUUGAGUUUUCGUAAUGACGGUCUUAAUUUAGCCGCUGGUUUAUCCGAUGGUGUCUCUCUUUUGUAUGAUUUGCGUUCUUCAAACCCUUAUAUGACUAAAGAUCAAGGUUACAGCUUGCCCGUCAAGAACUUAAAUUGGUUAGAUAGUGCUUUGGAUGGUAGUGCUCGGGUUCUUUCUGCAGAUUCCAAAAUUAUCAAGAUUUGGGAGAAGGAUACUGGAAAACCGUUUACAGCUAUCGAGCCUACUGUGGAUUUGAAUGAUGUUUGUCCCGUACCCGAUUCUGGUUUAAUUUUCACCGCCAAUGAAGGAUCUCCCAUGCAUGCCUUUUACGUCCCUUCUCUAAAUCCUGCUCCCCGCUGGUGUUCCUUCCUUGACAAUAUUACGGAAGAAAUGGAAGAAAACCCUACUCCUACAAUUUAUGACAACUACAAGUUUGUCACCAAAAAGGAACUUCUCAGUCUUGGUCUGGAUCAUCUUAUUGGUACAGGCGUUAUUCGUGCUUACAUGCACGGUUUCUUCAUCGACUCGCGUUUGUACGAAAAGGCACGUUUGAUUGCUAACCCCUUCUCUUACGAAGAGCACAGAAAGAAGGCCGUCAAAGAACGUCUCGAGAAGAAGCGUAGUAGUAAGAUUCGUGCUCAAAAUCGUCCCAAGGUUAAUGCUACCUUGGCAGCUCGUCUUGCUCACCAAGAAGCUAAGCUACGUAAGAAAGUCGGGGAUGAAAAUGCUCCCAGUAUUCUUGAGGAUGACCGUUUCAAGAAUGCUUUCACUAAUAAGGAUUUCGAAGUUGAUGAAGAUACAAUUGAAUUUAAACAAUUGAAUCCUACCAGAUCAACCAAACCUCAACUUACUGCUGCUGAAGAAUCGGAUGAAGAACGCGAACAAACAAGAGGUGUACAGUUUAGUUCCGAUGAAGAUAUUUCUUCUGAUGAAGAAGUUGAAGAACAUGAAACAUUUGAUAAUCUGUUGUCAAAGAGACAAACCGAGCAAGACAAUAAGAAAAAAAAGGGGGCUGAACAAACUAUUCGCAGUACUCCUUCCGGAAUGGAAAUGUCUUUUCAAGUUGAGAAGAAAAAGAAGAACAAACCAAGCCCUGGAAAUGAAGAAGCUCUUAGCGGGAAAAAGAGGCAGAAUACUGAAGGUCGUCGUUCUGCUAGUAAAAACGUUUUCCGACGAUUGUAGACAAAUAAUUGGGUUUAUGUUAAUGUGGAGCUUUCAGAAAGUUUUUUUUUGGUUCAAUAAUUGAAAUGGUUAUUUGGGAUAAUUGGUGUUUCGUGCGGAUAUAUGAUGUAUGAAACAAAUUUAAUAGAUUUCACUAGAGAAUAAUAUUUAUUCAUGCUUUAAGAUUUGAUCUCAAAAACAGGGAAGGCAUCUG